CGCAGUAUGCCAUGCAAAUACCAAACUUUACGAAUUCCUAACUGAUUAUUGUGCCCAUAAUGAACCCGAAGCUUGUGACCUGCUGUCAAACAGUAUGGUGCAUCUCCAUGCAACACCUGACAGUGCUGUUGGCGUUCUUUUCGAUCGUCAAUCAGUAUACGAUGCGAAUCUGUUUGAACUUGGCCAUCACCGAAAUGGUUUACCCGGCCAAUGCAACCACCGCUAGUGAGGGUCGUGUCCUGUCGAAAGAGUCCAUAAAUUUGAACCCGAAAGUACCCCAGCCACGAAUCAUCGAAGGUGAUGCCUUUGAAUGGGACGAAUAUGUGCAGGGCAUUAUUCUUUCCGCCUUCUUCUGGGGCUACGUUGUGUCCCACUUCGGCAGUGCACUGAUCGCUGAUAAGUUUCCACGGCUCAUGCUGGGAUUGAGCGUGUUGAUUACGGCUAUCCUCACACUGCUGACUCCGUUGGCCAUCGAUAUUGGAGGUGCUCCGUUACUGGUAGCCACGAGAGCGAUUGAAGGCAUCGGCGAAGGGGCUACUUUUCCGGUUCUAAGUGCUAUUGUGGCUCAGUGGAUUCCGCCCCAUCAACGAGGCAGAUUGGGUUCAUUUAUUUUCAGUGGCGGACAAAUUGGAUCUCUAGCAGGAGGAAUUGGGACGGGAUUUAUAUUAUCGGAACUGAACAGUUGGAGAAUGGUUUUCUAUGUGUGGGGAACGUUGGCCGUAGUAUGGUACAUUUUUUGGGUCACACUCGGAUAUGAAAGCCCGGAAACUCAUCCGUUUAUAAAGGAAGAGGAGAAAGAAAAGCUACUGAGUAGUUUUAGUGAGGCUAAGAAGAAAACUGACAUUGGUCCGAUUCCGUGGCGGAGCAUUGCCAAGAGUGUACCUUUUUGGGCGCUGGUCGCCGGGCAGUUCGGCCACGAUUGGGGAUUUUUUCUAAUAGCCACCGACUUACCGAAGUACAUGAAAAGUAUCCUGGGAGUGUCCGUCAAGGACAAUGGAAUGCUUUGCUACUUUCCAUUUUUAUGCAUGUGGAUAUUUUCUGUACUUGGUGGCUGGAUCUGCGAUAUCCAAAUCAGCAAAAACUGUGUGUCGAGAACUGUGGCCAGGAAGAUUUGGACGACCAUCGGUUCCAUCGUCCCGGCGAUAGCGCUAAUGGCUGCGUCCUACGCCGAACGCAAUACGGUGCUCGUAGUUAUGAAUUUUGCAAUAUGCGUCACAUUCAUGGGCGGCUUCUAUCCGGGCAUCAAGGUGAAUGUGAACGAUCUGAGCCCAAACUAUGCUGGCUUUCUGAUGGCUGUUGUCAACGGGUUGGGUGCAGUCACAGGCAUUCUGGUUCCGUAUACCGCUGGAUUGAUGACCCCAAAUUGUUUGCCAAAGUAAUGGAACUGGAAUAUUCGAUGACUCAACAGGUACAUGCGGAGAACUGUAACGAUGAUUUUGAAAUAAAGAUUGUUGAUGAUUAAUUGAAAUUCGUCAAAAAUAAAUAAUAUCUUACCAGAACAUGGAAAACCACCAAUUAACAGAAUUAACAGAAGCAACAGUGAUAAAAAAAACCCCAACAUCGAUGCGAUGGAACAACAGAUUUUAUGUAAACUUUUUUCAAAAGACACAUCGUUGUUUAAAGGUAAUAUCACUCGGUGAAAAUAAAA